AUGGCGAGUCGGCCGAAAAAUGAAUACGACGAUUCUUCGGAAGAGGAAAACGAAACAAUUAUGAAACUCUUAAAAGGAAUUAUCGAUGCGGACUCAGAGGAGGAGGACUCAGAGGAGGAGGCACCAUUGGAGGAGGCACCAUCCACAAGCCACAGGUGCAAGAAGCGCGGAAGGAAGCGCGGAAGGAAGUAUUCUUCGGAGGACGCAGAGGAGGAGGAGGAAGGUCCCUCCACAAGCCGCAAGCGCAAGCGCAAGCGCAAGAAGAAGCGCCGCAAGAAGUCCAAGUCUUCUGACAGGGCCCGAAUGCCCGUAGAAUAUCCAGAAAUUGAUGAACCAUUAGGAGCAGACACAACCCCUGAACCGCUUUCGCCCUGUGGCCCGGUCUUAGAACCGUCGGCCGAAGAGUAUAUUGUGGAGGGUGUGGACUUGAAUGGUGUGGUGGAGUCGUCGGAAGCGGAGGGUCCUGGGAGUUCUAUGGCAAGUCAGGAGAAGUCAGAAUCUCCACCCUACGAAGCAAUCGAAUGCGUGUUGUCCGAGGAAUCUUCCUCGGAAGAAGGUGACGGUCCUAGCAACAUUACUUGUCCACUACCUGGACAAGGAAAUGACCCGAUUGUCAAUUAGACUCGAUGAGACGGGAAUGAUCCAGGCGAGGCGGAUGAAGUUCUAAAGAAACGUUACCUGCUUUCGGCCAGAUAUCGGAACCCCUAAUCAACCAGAAUAAAGAAGUC